AGUGGCGCUAGUUAUGACAGUGAGAGACGGGAUAGAGUGGGUGGAUUUUAUCACCAAUCACCCCUUGAACUUUGAAGUACGAUUAGCUCAUAAUCAGAGCAAAGGACAAAAUCAGUGGGACAAACGCUGACUUCUCGUUGGUAAUAGUUGUGAGCUGCAGCAGUGCCGGUUACAUGUUUUUGACGUGCGAUGAUCUGGAGAAGACCUUGGAUAACGACCGUGGCGGUGCGCUUGACAGUGCAAAUUGCGUGUUGUUCAUAAAUUUCUGACUCAACUACUCGAUAUAUUUACGAGCGGAGUGUUGCGAGGGAACGAUAAAGUGAUGCGAUUAAUCCGAAGUUUAAUUUUGAACGCUACCGAUGUAGGUAUUUCCCAAGAGGCGGACCAACGCGGUAGGGAGGUAUCGGAAGAGCACCAGCUCGCUGCUGGCAAAUCCACGAAGAUAACGACAACGACGACGACGUCGGCGAGAUAACCUCGUCUUCUCUAGGGGGAAUAGCGGGGGAACGAAAUGAAUUUGGUAACCUGUACCGCACCUUUCCCGCGAAUUCCAGUGCCUAUUGCUUGAUUUAUUCGCACAGCGGCAAAGCACUGUUGAGCCACGCGGUCGCAAAGAGUUAAGUCCCAGGGCCAGGGCCCACAACACUGUCUUACUUAGAACACUAGCAAUCUGAACAUUCCAAAACACAUUACGGUGUCAGGGAGACAACAAUUGGAUUUCACACAACAUAUAAAAAUGCUCAAGGGUUACGGAUCUGUCGUACAAGCACUUCUGGGUACCUUGUUUACCUGGGGCUUGACUGCUGCAGGCGCUGCUCUAGUUGUCGUCAUACGUGGAAAACAAAGAAAAUUAUUAGAUGCCAGCCUUGGUUUUGCUGCCGGAGUCAUGAUAGCGGCCAGCUACUGGUCCUUAUUGGCACCAGCUAUUGAGAUGGCAGUGGAAAGUAAAUUUUAUGGCCAAGAAGGAGAGUAUGCAUUUGCACCGGUUGGACUAGGCUUCCUCAUCGGUGCUGCGUUUGUCUACGGCACAGAUGCUUUCAUAUCUUCUCUAGGCAUUCAGUCCCCCACUGUGGUUCUAGCAAUGCAGUCAGUCGGUACGAAACAAAGACGAAAAAUCCUUGCCAAGCUAAAAAGCGACCAGGAUAUUGACGAACGUUUUAGUGGUAGUGAAGUUAGUGUUAGUGGUGGAAGAGUGUACUCUGAUGAGGAGUCGACUACCAUCGACGGGUUCUAUGAACAGAGCACAAGAAGAAGACAGACGGGUGGUACAAUGCAGCGUGUCCCUGAAACUGAGGAUAUCGAGACUGUCUAUGGGGUACCAAAUAUCGAAGCCAAGAACGAACAGUGGAGAAGAAUACUGUUACUCAUUGUAGCAGUAACGGUUCACAACAUUCCCGAGGGUUUGGCAGUUGGUGUGGGUUUUGGAGCCAUAGGGAGCAGUGCCUCGGCGACUUUUGAGAAUGCUAGAAAUCUAGCUAUCGGAAUCGGGAUACAAAAUUUUCCCGAGGGUCUAGCGGUCUCGUUACCUCUUCAAGCUGCUGGCUUUAGUACGUUCAAGAGUUUUUGGUACGGACAACUUUCUGGUAUGGUUGAACCAAUUGCUGGGGUUUUGGGUGCGGCUAGUGUAGGUUUAGUCGCACCGGCUUUACCCUACGCCCUAUCUUUUGCUGCUGGCGCAAUGAUUUACGUUGUAGUUGACGACAUAAUUCCCGAAGCUCAUUCAAGUGGGAACGGAAAGGUGGCCAGCUGGGGUGCAGUUGUUGGCUUCCUGGUUAUGAUGGCACUUGAUGUUGGCCUUGGGUAAUAGAACUACGGAAGUAACCAAGUACGGAAGUACGAACGGUCCUAUGCAUAUAAGGGGGAUCGCCUCGUACUAAAAUGGAUAAAACUCAGAUCUUGGUUUUAUCCAAUUUUUAUAUUGAUAAUUAUAACAUGACGAAUCGGUUACGCGUCAUUCGAACUUUCCAUUCCAUUCAAUCUAGCCGUGUACAUAUAUUUACACGUAUAUAAAAUGAUACAUAAGUAGUAUACAGAUUCUCAGAGACGCACCCAGGAUCGUACGCAUAGGUAUGCCACCGCUCGCGGACACUCGCAAUUUGAUAUAGGUAUAUCGUAAACCGAUACCUUCCCACCGGAAACUAUCCUCAAAAAAUAUUACCUCUGUCUAAUAUAUUCAAUUUUCCAAGUUCCAAUUCAUUUGAAUUUUUUUCCUACCUCGGAUGGGUUGGUAUCUUUUAUAUGAUGAAUAUACAACUACUAUAUGUAUGUGUACAAACUCGUUUUUAUACAAAAUUAGAAAAAAAAAAACAAUUAUAGGUAUAUAUAUACAUAUAUAUUUUAAACAUAUAACAAUUCUUUUUAACUGACGUGUAAAUACAUAGAAUAUUUUUCAUGUAAUUUAAUAGAUAGACAUCGAAUAUUUGCGUACAUCAAUUGUAAAUACAUACAUGUUGCAAAGGUA